GGACCUUUGUCGCCAGGAUAAAGCAUGUGAAUAUUACUUCAGCAUAGAUGCAGAUGUCGUGCUGACAAACCCAAAAACUUUAAGAAUACUGAUGGAACAGAACAGAAAGAUAAUUGCUCCGCUUGUAACUCGUCAUGGGAAGCUUUGGUCCAAUUUCUGGGGUGCUUUGAGCCCAGAUGGCUAUUAUGCUCGAUCAGAAGAUUAUGUUGAUAUUGUCCAAGGAAACAGAGUAGGAGUAUGGAAUAUUCCUUAUAUGGCUAACAUAUACUUAAUUAAGGGACAAACUCUCAGACUGGAGAUGAAAGAAAAGAAUUACUUUAUGCGUGAUAAAUUGGAUCCUGAUAUGGCUCUAAAAAAAAAUGCCAGGGAAAUGACUUUACAAAGGGAAAAAGACUCCCCUUCUUCGGAAACAUUCCAUAUGCUCAGACCCCCAAAGGGUGUUUUCAUGUACAUUACCAACAGACAUGAAUUUGGAAGACUUAUUUCUACAGCCAAUUAUAAUACCUCCCACUACAACAAUGACCUCUGGCAGAUAUUUGAAAAUCCUGUGGACUGGAAGGAAACCUAUAUAAAUCCAAACUACUCAAAGAUCUUCACUGAUAAUAUAGUAGAACAGCCAUGUCCCGAUGUGUUUUGGUUUCCCAUAUUUUCUGACACUGCCUGUGAUGAAUUGGUAGAAGAAAUGGAACAUUUUGGACAAUGGUCUGGUGGAAAACACCAAGACAGCCGUAUUUCUGGAGGUUAUGAAAAUGUCCCAACUGAUGAUAUUCAUAUGAAGCAAAUUGGACUGGAUAACGAAUGGCUGCAUUUCAUAAGAGAGUUCAUUGCUCCAGUAACGCUAAAAGUGUUUGCUGGCUAUUAUACCAAGGGCUAUGCUUUAUUGAAUUUUGUUGUAAAAUACAGCCCGGACAGACAACGGUCGCUUAGACCCCAUCAUGACUCCUCUACAUUCACAAUUAACAUUGCUCUCAACAAAGUAGGAGAGGACUUUCAAGGAGGUGGAUGUAAAUUUCUUAGGUACAACUGCUCCAUUGAGUCUCCCAGGAAAGGAUGGAGUUUCAUGCACCCAGGAAGACUUACUCAUUUACAUGAAGGACUUCCUAUCUUGAAUGGCACAAGAUACAUUGCAGUAUCAUUUAUUGAUCCUUAAUUUUAUUUUUUUCCCUCUUCAGCAGUGUUUGAUUCCUUACAUAAACAUUUAUUUAUAGAUUUCUUGAAGAUGGUGAUAAAAGAAACUUUAAGUUACUGUUCCUAGACAGCAAAGUUACUUUGGGCUAAAAGAAUGAAAAAAAGAAAAUGUUCUAAAAUUGUUGAAGAUUUCUCAAUAUCUGCUCUGAGCCUUGAGUCACAAAGUAAACAUGUCCUGCUUAUUUUUCCAUUCUGCUGUCUUAAAAAAGUAGGUAAGAAGGGAAAAUGGAAAAGCAUUUUAUAAUGAAUCUAUUUUCUUGUUGAAAAAAAACCCCAAACCAAACAAGCCUAGAUGCAAAAUUAUCUGCAAAAAUUAUUGUGGUUUUCAUUCAGUAAAGUGACACAGCUAAAGUUUUUUGUGGUGUGUAUAUUUGGUACCAACCAAUUAAAAACCAAAGCAUAAAACCAAAAUCAAGUGAAUCUUGUAUACAGUUGUUGAGGAUAAGCAAUAAUUCCAUAUGCUGGUACAUACUGAAGGGAAAACAUCUCGGUAGCCUGUUUUCUUAAUUCAUUUUCAAUAGUGAAAUAUACACCUUUAGAAGAAAAAAAUAAUUUGUGGAGAUGGAGCAAAGAUUAAGUAGUUUAGCUAAGAAAAAAUGGUUUAUCAUUUGUUUUAAAAAUGCAUCCUGUUGAAAAUUUACUUUUCUUCACCAAGUGACCUUCAUUUAAAAUGAGUUAUUUUUCUAAAUGUGUAAUUGCACCCAAUUGAUACUGGAAAUUUGAUGUUUAUUUUCAGAGUGCUGGUAAAUUUUCAUAAUAGGAUGUUUUAUAAAGACAAUUUUCUACUCUUACUUAAAAUUACUUGAAUUUUGUAUCAGGAAAAUGAAAUUGUGGCAGUCUCUCUUUUAAAGCGAAGGGCCUUAACUUGCCAUUUAUUUUAAGGAAAUCGAUUUAAAAUAUUCCUACUGUAUCUACUGUUUGUAAUUUAAAGAAACUUGAAGCAAACUAUCUCAAAGUCUACCGUGCCAAAAUGCACAUGUUGGAAAAACUUGUGAAAAAUAAAGGGUAAUGUUAAAUUAA